AACCCUAGGCUUUUCACGCGUCUCUUUAUUCGAUCGCCGCCUCCCCCUCUUCUCUGAUUCUCCUUCCCUGACCAACACACGCAGCAGCACGAGGGAUGGUGACAAUUGGCGACGACGACUCCCCCAACCCAUCAACGACGGCGACUAGCACGCGGGACGGCGGAUCUUUUCUCUGCUCCGGUGACGAGCCAAACUAGCGGCGAUAGUCCUUCGACGAGAACGAUCGGCGCAGAGUUGUGACCGGCCAUUCUAGCGACCCCGGCAGCGGCGAGGUGGAGUCUAGACAGGGACGAGGAUGGUCUCACCCUCAACUUCUCCGGUGAGUGGCGAGAAAACAGCCGGCGAACCAGCAAGCUCUAGCGACCGGCGACGACUGGGUAUUGCUCGGUUUGGUUCGGGCAGGCCUGGCAGUAGUGGGCGGUUCUGGACAGUGGCGGUAGCACCCCGACGAUCUUCGGACAUCAACGAUCAAGAGUGGGGCAGCGGGGUAUGGUUGACUCCGUCAAUGCUCCGUCGAAUAAGGGUUUCUUUGAAUUCGAAUCAAAAAACCGAGGUGGUUGUGGUAGAUUGAUUCUGGAGUCCAUCCCGGAGAGCAGCAUGACGGAGGAGAUGUACGGAUGCAGGAAUUUAAUGUUCGAUUUAAUUAUAAGGCUUCCGCUUUGUUUGUAUAAACUCUGUUAUGUAUUUAAAUUAAUUUCAGUUGUUUGAGUUUUAAAUUUGUUGAAAAAUAUUGUAUGUGGGUACCAAAUUAGUAGCAACCCGGUUCGCUAAUCCAUUUAUUCGGGUUAUGUUGGUUGGGGUAUUACACUUUGGUUG